AUGUUGAGAAUAGGAACUAGAAGACUUUUAUACAAAUCUGGCAAUCUAUGCGGUGGAUUCAAGACUAGGAGGUUUUACGCUCAAAGCACCGCUCUUGGGAUUGACUCGAGCGUCGAAAAUAACUUGCAAACAGAAACGAAUAGAGUGUCGAAGACUAUGCAGAAGUUCUGGAAUGUGGUUUCUAUCGAGGAAAAUGGUAACGACGUCACACUCAAACUCGACAAUAAACCUGUCAGAACGCCUUUGGGCAACAAUAUGACGAUCCCACGCGAUCGCAGACUUCUAGGCCUAGCUUUACAGCAUGAAUGGUCAAAUUUAGCAUCUUUAUCGAUCAAACCUCAUUCUUUACCCGUAACGUCUUUGGUCUCCCGGUGCAUUGAUUUGGAAUACGCCUCCAAACCGGAUGCCGACGCAGAACUCGUGGCCAAAAUCGGCGCAGAUAGAGAAGAAAUAUCCCGUACUCUACUUCGGUAUCUUGACACAGACACAUUACUGUGUUUUUCACCAAAGUCUGAGUUUGAAGGCGCUCUUAGAACGGCUCAGGACAAACUGUAUCUUCCGUUGAUCAAAGCCGCGGAGACUUUCCUGUCUAGCGUUGCAAAUGAGCCUAUCGCUAUUCAAAUCUUAGACGCCGACAUGCACGGGCUUAGAGGCAACGCACAAUCCGAAAAGACAAGAGAAGCGGCGCUCAAAUACUUGAGAUCUUUGUCGAUGUGGGAUUUGGCGGUUUUUGAGAAAACCGUCCUUACCGCCAAGUCAUUCAUAUGUGGACUUCUGCUGCUCCGAAACAAAGCCCACUCUCCAAGUCCGGAACUUUUCUUUACGAUGGAAGAACUUGCCCAUUGUGCAACUUUAGAGACCGUCUAUCAGAUCGAAAGGUGGGGAGAGGUCGAGGACACUCACGACGUGGAUUAUCGGGACAUAAGAAGGAACAUCAAUGCCGCGGCUUUGGUGGCCUACCGCGAUUGA